CUUGCACAUCUGUUGAUUCUGUUUCAGGAGCGAAGUGGCAGUAAUACAUUUGAACACAAUGGCCUGCAGCUUCAGUACAAACUGGACAAUGAGUUUGAGCUGGUGUUUGUGGUGGCAUAUCAAAAAAUACUACAACUCUCCUAUGUGGACAAGUUUCUUACUGAUAUACACUUAGAGUUUCGUGAUAAAUACAAAAAUGAUCUGGCUGAUGAAGGAGAGUCGCGAUUUGACGCGCAUUGGUAACUCCUAUGGCUUAGAAAUGAAGCGCAUCUCAUGCCAAAAGUCCCCAAACAGAUGAAGUCUUUUCAGGAGAGUGUGAAGAGUAAGAAGACUGUUGCAUCCAUCAUUGAGCGCAAGGGCGAUGAUAAAAAUAAGAAAAAAGAAGUUAAUUUUAUGAUAAAUAUCUCACCAAAGUCUUCACCUGGGGUGGAGACAGAGAACGGAUUUCAACAUAGUGUCAUCAUGGUGUCAGGCAACAAAAGUCCAAAGCCCAUGAGUCCAAGCGAGAAAGCAGGCAAAAAGCCGCGCGUUUGGGAAUUGGGCGGCACUACUAAAGAUCUUGAAAACUUGGAAAGAACCACCGGCAAACCAGAGGACAUGAAGAGUCAUUUCACUGCUGAUGAAGAGAUCGUGGGUAAAAUGGCGGGUGUCAUAAAAAGAUUACUGAAGGAAUCCUCGAGGAAGAAGGCUGAAGAUGAUGCCCACAAAGACUUCAAAGUAAAGAAACGUAAAAAUACGUGUGCAUCAUCCUCACGCGGUAUGUUCUCACUAUUCAAGGGACUCGUCGGUUCAAAAAACCUAACACGUGCCGACAUGCAGUCUGUAUUGGACAAGAUGAAGGAUCAUCUCAUCGCCAAAAACGUUGCCUCCGACAUCGCUGAAAAGCGUUGCGCGAACUGGCCGCCGUCAACCGAGGGUCGAGUGCUGAACUUUGACAGCGUGGUAUGAACACCGUCAAGCUUCACACUCACCGGAAAGUUUGCGUAAAUCCUAAGCCCCAAACGCCGCGUGGAUAUUCUACGUGAUUGCAUGGAAGCUCAGAAACAAUCACGGCCGUAUGUUAUGACCUUCUGCGGUGUGAACGGCGUGGGCAAAAGUACAAAUCUUGCGAAGAUCUGCUUUUGGCUGAUUGAAAACGAUAUGCGGAGUGCUAAUCGUCGCGCAUACCUUCCGCUGGAAGUUGAGCAGCUACUUAACUUGCUAUGAAGCAUCUCACGUUUACAUCCACUAACGCCAGCGGUGAAGAACGGAUGGUACAGCCAUGUGAGAAGGCUAUGGUAAAGACGCCGUAGCUAAGCGGGUGCUUUCAUUCGAUUUGCCAGAGACUCGAAGAUCGACAUUGUUCUAGUUGAUACAGCUGGUCGCAUGCAGGUAAAUAAUAAACUGAUGAGAGCACUAACCAAACUGGAGUAAAUGAACUUGACGCUGCUGGCGAAGCUUCCAGCUGGAAAUGAAGCAGUCGAUCAACUUGUCAAGUUCAAUCAGGCUAUGGCUGACUAUUCGUCCAGCAGUAAUCCACAUAUCAUUGAUGGUAUUGUGUUGACUAACGACACCAAUGACGAUAAGGCGUAUUUCUCUCUCAAAAUAUUAAUUUUAUAA